UCGUGAGAAAUGUAAAUGGCAGGCGUGUGUGUGUUUUGCAGACUUCCUGUGGGACGUCGCGCAUGUUUGGGGCAUAAAAACAGCAGCGUGGGCGUCAGACGAGUUACUGCUGCGAAAAAAGUUAGAAAAAUGGUGCAACCGAAGGAGACGCAUUUGCUGAAAGCUGGCCACCGUCCAGCAGUUAAGGCAGGAGGUAAAAGGGUGGCAAAGAAAAGCUUGGAAGAGACUGCCUCCCAUGGGACCCCAGAAAAGGAGACGAAGAGGUCUGACAAAGUGAGGUCUGUUGCCAUGUCUAACAGGAUGCAACAGAUUGGCAUUCUUCUGGGAGGAACUCUUGACAAGCUGAGCCACGACUUUCCAGAGACGCCCGUGAGCGUGAGGCACAGCAGGGUGCGCCCUUGCAUGGAGAAGCCUCACAGCCCGCGGAGCUUCUUCAUCCAGCAGCCCAGGAAGUGGUGAAGGUUGUGUAAGAAAGCGCCGGAGGCAACCGGGUCCAUUCAGCCAUGAAACGCCAACAUGAAGUGUUAAGCUCUUAAGGGAACUGACAGGCUGUUUGUUAGGUGUCGAUGGGAGUGGAUGGGUGCAAGCUCUUCUUACCUAGGAAAAAAAAAAAAAAAGAUCUUCUUUUGGUGUCUGUGAAAAUCUUAUAAGCCAGCUCUCAGUGUAUUAUCCUAGUUUUGUCUAAACUAACAUACUUAUUCAUCUGAAACAGAGUGCUUCAAUUUCAAGGGAUUGGUUGAGGGCUGUGAAUGAGGCUUAAACUGCUUAAGUAAACCUAGUGUAUGGCUUAGCAAUUAUCGAUUUAGUAAAAAAAAAAAAAAAGCAUGACGUCAUUUCAUUAAUAUCGUUUGCUCUUGCAAUUAACUAAAUGGCCAGUAGGUGGCAGCAAAGCACCAUUUCUAAACUUGGGACCCCAAUUAAAAUAUCAAGAGGAUCUUGUGCAUGUCAAACAUUACGUUUUCCUCUUAUCUUGUACAUCUGUAUAAGAAUGAAAAGGGCAUGUUUUUUUUUUAUUUUUAUUUUUUUAUGGAGAUGUUCAGAUUCUAUAUAAACACUUUUUAGACUACGGUAAGCAGAGGCUCUAAAGAUUGAAUCCUGUCCUUUCGUAGUAGUAGCAAUAAUGCCCUUCUGUCAAUGUGAACUAUUUUCAGUCUUACUGUACCUUUUUGUCUGUGGAUCGGGAAUCAGCUUGUACAUGUUCCUGAAGGCCUCGACUUGGAAACACUGUUUGGGACACAAAAUGCUCUCUAAGAACAUUCCCAACAGCGAGUUUAGUCUUGUCAGUCUGAACCACAGAACAGACCCAACGUUGCUUAAGGGCAAAGUACUUCAGCUAAAUGCAGUUGAACAGAUAUUGAUCUCUUAAAAAUCAAUUAUGUAUUAACAAUUUUGCAAACUUCAAAAGCUCAAAUAAUCUGAUCAGCAGGUUUUUGGAAAAUAAAGAUAAUCUGGCAUUACCGAAUGUGACCUGAUAAGGAAGUGAUUAUUUUGUUUAAUGACUUUCAAAAGUAACUUUGUGAAUGUUGUCUUGUAAAAUAUAGAAAAAAAGGAACAUAACAUCCAGUAUUGCUAUGUCCUCCUCCCACCUUUUUGUAUUUGCUUUAAAUUGCACUUAAAAGAAAUGGCUUUGUAUUCUUUUGUUUGGGGCUUUAUGUGUGACAUGACUCUGCCUUUAGCCGCUUUGAAUGAACCUCUGUCUGUGAAAUCUGUUUCAAUAAAGAUCUUGUCAAUGUGAAAAUACAG